UGGGCGCCACAUUGUAUCCUAUCAGGCGAGGAGAGGGUGAUGUCACCUGCGAGUUGGUAACCUACGAGCGGCUGUGAAGGAAACUGUUUAACCGGAUCCCAUUGUACCCGGAGCGCAGAGCCGCCUUUCCAGCAUGCAGGGGCUGCUCAGAAGCUUCUGGCAGGAGAUAGACUGAUCUGAAGAAGAGAUCCAUGGAAGUCAGAGAAUUGAUGGCUCUAUUUUCUGGACAUAUCAUAGAACUUAACUAAAUUUUAAGCUCCUGAAAGGCAAGGACAGUGUAUGUACUACCUGUACUUAACCUUCCUGAAAAUGUGCUUUCAGUGAAAAAGGCGCAAGUCUCUGACUCUCCAUCACAGACCACCUAUAGUUUAGUCACUUCAAGAAAUAGAACAGAAUUCAGCCAUGGCCCCAAGGAAGAGAGGUGGACGGGGGAUCUCGUUCAUCUUCUGCUGUUUCCGAAAUAAUGAUCACCCAGAAAUCACCUAUCGGCUGCGAAACGAUAGCAACUUUGCGCUUCAGACCAUGGAGCCAGCAUUACCCAUGCCCCCUGUGGAGGAGCUGGAUGUCAUGUUCAGUGAACUUGUGGAUGAACUUGACCUGACAGACAAACACAGGGAAGCCAUGUUUGCACUUCCAGCUGAGAAAAAAUGGCAAAUAUACUGUAGCAAGAAAAAGGAUCAGGAAGAAAACAAGGGAGCAACAAGUUGGCCUGAAUUCUACAUCGAUCAGCUCAAUUCCAUGGCUGCUAGAAAAUCUCUCCUGGCUUUAGAGAAGGAAGAGGAAGAAGAGAGAAGUAAAACUAUAGAGAGUUUGAAGACAGCACUAAGGACAAAACCAAUGAGGUUUGUAACCAGAUUCAUCGACUUGGAUGGCCUGUCAUGUAUUCUCAACUUUCUAAAGACCAUGGACUACGAGACCUCAGAGUCUCGAAUACAUACCUCUCUCAUUGGAUGUAUAAAGGCGCUAAUGAACAACUCUCAAGGUCGGGCUCAUGUCCUGGCUCAUUCUGAGAGUAUUAAUGUGAUUGCUCAGAGUCUGAGCACAGAGAACAUUAAAACGAAGGUGGCCGUGCUGGAAAUCUUGGGCGCCGUGUGCCUGGUUCCCGGGGGCCACAAGAAGGUUCUGCAGGCCAUGCUGCACUACCAGAAGUAUGCCAGUGAAAGAACUCGCUUUCAGACGUUGAUUAAUGACUUGGAUAAAAGCACAGGGCGGUAUCGAGAUGAAGUGAGUCUCAAGACUGCCAUCAUGUCCUUCAUCAAUGCAGUGCUAAGCCAAGGUGCAGGAGUGGAAAGUUUGGACUUUAGACUUCAUCUUCGCUAUGAAUUUCUGAUGUUAGGAAUUCAGCCUGUAAUAGAUAAAUUAAGGGAACAUGAAAAUUCAACAUUAGAUAGACAUUUAGAUUUUUUUGAAAUGCUCCGAAAUGAAGAUGAACUAGAAUUUGCCAAAAGAUUUGAACUGGUUCACAUAGACACAAAAAGUGCGACUCAGAUGUUUGAGCUGACCAGGAAGAGGCUGACCCAUAGUGAAGCUUACCCUCACUUCAUGUCCAUCCUGCACCACUGCCUCCAAAUGCCUUACAAGAGAAGUGGCAACACCGUUCAGUACUGGCUACUACUAGAUAGAAUUAUACAGCAAAUAGUUAUUCAAAAUGACAAAGGACAGGACCCCGACACCACACCUUUGGAAAACUUUAAUAUUAAGAAUGUCGUACGAAUGUUGGUUAAUGAAAAUGAAGUUAAGCAGUGGAAAGAACAAGCGGAAAAGAUGAGAAAAGAGCACAAUGAGUUACAACAGAAAUUGGAAAAGAAGGAGCGUGAAUGUGAUGCCAAGACCCAAGAGAAGGAGGAGAUGAUGCAGACCUUAAAUAAAAUGAAAGAGAAACUUGAAAAGGAGACUAGCGAGCAUAAGCAAGUCAAGCAGCAGGUGGUGGAUCUCACGGCACAGCUCCACGAGCUCAACAGGAGAGCUGUCUGUGCUUCAAUCCCAGGUGGACCCUCACCUGGAGCCCCAGGGGGGCCCUUUCCUUCCUCUGUACCAGGGUCCCUCCUUCCGCCCCCACCACCUCCACCCCUGCCAGGUGGGAUGCUUCCUCCUCCGCCCCCUCCCCUUCCUCCAGGCGGCCCUCCCCCUCCCCCGGGGCCGCCUCCCUUAGGGGGGAUCAUGCCACCUCCUGGUGCUCCACUGGGUCUGGCACUCAAGAAGAAAAACAUUCCUCAGCCCACAAAUGCCCUGAAAUCCUUCAACUGGUCUAAGCUGCCCGAGAAUAAACUGGAAGGCACAGUAUGGACUGAAAUUGAUGAUACAAAAGUCUUCAAAAUUCUAGAUCUUGAAGACCUGGAAAGAACUUUCUCUGCCUACCAAAGACAGCAGAAAGAAGCAGAUGCCAUUGAUGACACACUGAGUUCCAAACUUAAAGUCAAAGAACUUUCAGUGAUUGAUGGUCGGAGAGCUCAGAAUUGCAACAUCCUUCUGUCGAGGUUGAAACUGUCCAAUGAUGAAAUCAAACGGGCAAUUCUAACAAUGGACGAGCAGGAAGAUCUGCCCAAGGACAUGUUGGAACAGCUCUUGAAAUUUGUUCCCGAAAAAAGUGACAUUGACCUGUUGGAGGAACAUAAACAUGAACUGGAUCGGAUGGCCAAGGCUGAUAGAUUCCUUUUUGAAAUGAGCCGAAUUAAUCAUUAUCAGCAAAGACUACAAUCACUGUACUUCAAAAAGAAGUUUGCAGAGCGUGUGGCAGAAGUGAAACCUAAAGUAGAAGCAAUUCGUUCUGGCUCAGAAGAGGUGUUUCGGAGCCGCGCCCUGAAGCAGUUGCUGGAAGUGGUUUUGGCAUUUGGAAAUUACAUGAAUAAAGGCCAAAGGGGCAAUGCAUAUGGAUUCAAGAUCUCCAGCCUAAACAAGAUUGCUGACACAAAAUCUAGUAUUGACAAGAACAUCACACUUUUGCACUAUCUCAUAACUAUUGUGGAAAAUAAAUACCCCAAGGUCCUCAAUCUAAAUGAAGAACUGCGGGACAUUCCUCAAGCAGCAAAAGUAAACAUGACUGAGCUAGACAAAGAAAUAAGUACCCUGAGAAGUGGCCUGAAAGCAGUAGAGAUGGAGCUGGAAUAUCAAAAGUCUCAGCCCCCACAACACGGAGACAAGUUUGUGUCUGUUGUCAGCCAGUUCAUCACAGUGGCCAGCUUCAGCUUCUCUGAUGUGGAAGACCUUCUAGCAGAAGCUAAAGACCUGUUUACUAAAGCAGUGAAACACUUUGGGGAAGAGGCUAGCAAAAUCCAGCCGGAUGAGUUCUUUGGCAUUUUUGAUCAGUUUCUUCAAGCCGUGUCAGAAGCCAAACAAGAGAACGAAAACAUGAGAAAGAAGAAGGAGGAGGAGGAACGCCGUGCUCGCAUGGAAGCCCAGCUCAAAGAACAACGUGAAAGGGAACGUAAAAUGAGGAAAGCAAAAGAGAAUAGUGAAGAGGGUGGAGAGUUCGAUGACCUGGUUUCAGCUCUACGCUCAGGAGAAGUAUUUGACAAAGACCUUUCUAAACUGAAACGGAAUCGCAAGCGUAUUACCAACCAGAUGACGGACAGCAGCCGAGAGAGACCAGUCACAAAACUUAAUUUCUAAUUUUCCUUGGAUACUUUUUUAGAACGCUCAUUAGCAGCCCUUUGAAGUGACUAGAACUUUUCAUUACACUGCCUUGCAAUCCAAACAGUGGCAAUUUCUUCCUUCAUCUGUGAGUGAAUGCGUGAAUGUAUGUGUAUGUAAAUGUAUGUGUACAUAUAUAUUAAAAAAAUGUAUAUAGAAGUCUGAGUGUUGUCUGGAGACCUAUAUGUAUGGUUAAAAAAAAAAAUCUAUGUUAAUGUAUGUGCUCAGAAACCCUUUGUGUAUGCAUUCAUAAUGAGUAUGGCUCAUUUUCUUCCCCUGAACACCACGGCUAUUCAGAAGCACAAUGCUAUCUCCUGAAAGAGAUGACAGAGACAUUCCCUAGAGUAAAAAGGAAAAACAAAAGCAAAAAAAAAAAGAAGGCUUGAGAAAUAUUUUAUGGUUUCCAAGCUUGGUAUACUUUGAAAUUAUUUUCACUGGUGAAACUGGUGUUGGAAAAAUAUAGAUUUAAAAUGGUUUUUGAUAGUUGACAAUGUGACACUGGUGUAGCCCAUCAGUGACUGAUAGGACCAGCUUAGAAUUUCCGACAUUGGUGUGGGGGUGCAGUCUGUAAAUGUUUAUUGAGAACAUCUUGCACACAAUCUGAAUUAUGUAGAAUGUCAAUCAGACUUUUUUUUUUUAAUAUAUUUAAAACUUGGGCAUCGAUUUUUUUUCCCCUAAUUUCAUCGAGUUCUCUGCCAAGCGCUCUUGAAGAUUUCUUUACAUUGCUUUUGAAAAGAACACUAUUUAUCUGAAUGCAAUUCAUGCUCUUGUUAAAGAACAAGGUUGCCAGAAUGUGCUUGUUGUUAUAACAAUAGAGAUAUAUAAACUUUAAAAAUAAAAAUUUCCCACCCAAGACCUAAAAGGAGGGAUUCUCUGAAGGGAUAAAAAUUAUUUAAAAUUUUUUAUGGGGUGCCUUUUUUUUCUUUUCUUUUCUUUUUUUUUUUUUUUUUUUUCCUAUUUUGUAGGACAAGCUGCAUCUUCUGUCUAUAUGGGUCUGGACUAAAGGACACUUAGUGAAUGCACAGAAUGUCAACAACACCAACAGAGAUGCCAAGAUCUAUUUAUCUCUAAGUAUGUUUGAAGUGGUUUGUUGUUUAUAUGUUGUCAUUUUAAAUUGUGUGUCAAUAAAGCUACCUGUAAAAUUUCAGUCCAAAAGAUAAAGCUCUCAGGGAGAAAUGAAUAAAAACAAUGAACAUUAGAAAAUAAAAUAUAGAUGCUUACCAUUAACCUACCAACUCUUAAUAUCCUUAAAUUAUAUAUAAAGAGGACUGUUACUUUUUUUUUUUUUUUGGCUUUGCUUUAUUUAUUUGUAGUGGGGGAGGGGGGCUAAGAUUCUCUCUUUUCUUUCUAUCAAUCCUGUUGUGGUUGGGUUUCCUGUGGAGAGAGUAGUUUGUCCUGUUGCACUAGAACAUUAUUUACUCACUAAAUUGAGUCAGUCAAUUAACAAAUAUUUAUUAAACACCUACUAUGUGCCAGGCUUAGUAGGGCUACAGUAAUAAGCAAGACAAAGUCCCUGCCCCCAAGGAGCUUAUGUUCUAAUGGGGAUAAAGGGGUGAAUAGAAUACCAAUAUGCGCUGUACAGGAAUCAUGCUAUUUAAAAAUGAUCUGUAUAAACUAUAAUGCUUAGUGCAGAUGGCAAGGUCUCUGCACUAUGUGAAAGCUGUGAAAUAGUGCUCUAAGAGUUGUCAAGAGCAGUGGUUUUACAUUUUUUUCCCCCUCAUUGCAAGCUUAGAGACUUUCUACCCAUUUUAUGGAAGUAAAUGACUCUAGCUAAUAAGGCGGUCAUAAACUCACAGCAGAGGUUGUGCUCCCCAGCCCCUAGUAACCAAGGUCUGCAAAUGCACCGGGUUAAAGGUGCAGACAGAGACUUUGCUCCAAAAGGCUUGAAGAUUAGGAAUGGGAGAUGAUGGUGGAUGUGUCUAUUCCUUAACAAAAGUGCCUCUAUUUUCUUUUCUAUUUAUAGCAAGAGAAAUUUGGUCUGGCUCAAUUUUGGAACUGUAUUUUGAAAAUGGCUUUGUUUUACAGUUUAAGGAAUGGACAAGUGGAUGGAGUGUCACAUAAAGGAGCAAGCCCGUGUAGUGUGUCCCUCUUGCCCUUUGUAAUCAUCUUCAUUUUGAUACGGCCAUCCUGGUAGGCCUUACCAUAUCCAUUUUUGGUUUCUUUCCCCAAAAGCUUUGUGCAGGUAAUUCCAUGUGCCAUUGUUGAAAAAAAAAAUCUACUUUUUAGAUUGGUGCUGGUGUAAGUAGCCACUUUUCUCUCUUGGGUGUGUAUUUUAAAGUUUUUUGUUUGUUUUUUUAAAUUAAUGCCAAAAAGAAAGCAUUAUAAUUUGUAAACUUAAUUACAUGUCUUGUAUCUUAUUAGCUUAGUAGUUGGAACCUCUUAGUCUUUAGGUGCAAGACUGUUGUUAUAGUACCAAGAAAAAAAAUGUUGUAUGUGCUAUGAGAUUGUACUUUUUUUUUAAAAAGCAAUAUGCAAUAAAGAGACGAAUUCAUUGGGUGUA